CGCAGCGCUACUGACGCGGGUAUGCACCAGGAAUUUUUCAUCACUUGAUGAAGAGACUGCUAGCGCUGCAAGAUAAGGUUGUCAACAGGAUAAACGAAAUGACGAAUUUCUUCAUUAUGCUCAUGUAAGGGGACGGCGGCUCGACUGCGACAACUUCUUCAAUGAAUGGAGCGAGUAUUCACCUGAAUGUUUACUGUACUCGUGUUAGAGCUCUCAGCACUUUCUGGCCUCAGGCGUCCAGCCGCUGCACCAGCACGGGAGGAACCCGCUAGCAGGUACGAGGUACAUCUGCCAGGUACCUCAGGCAAUUGACGUCGCCAGCAAAAACGAGCCCCGCCAUGCCUCGCUGAAUUUACCCCGCCACGGGCCUGGUUGUGACUUGACGAGAGAUACAAGGAGAGAGUGCACGCGUCUUGCUCCUGUAGCUCUACUAUAGAACAGCCAGCGUCUGCAACCAACAAUGGCAGACACAGAACAACCCGAGGCGCCCGUGGAGCUUCAGAGCAGAAAUGUGAUUUACUGCGGAGUGUGUACUCUACCUCCAGAGUACUGCGAGUAUGGAGGCACCGUCAAGAAGUGCCAGGAAUGGCUAGAGAAGAACCAGCCGGCCAUGUAUGAGAGGAUAUGGUCCCCCGAGGCUUUGGAAGCCGCCGCCUCGUCUCUCUCGAUCGAUGCCCAGAAGAGAGCCGCCAAGGACGCGCAGAAGAAGGCUGCCAAGGCCGAGGCCGCGGAGCAGAAGCAGGCCACCAAGCUGGCCACGAGCGUCGUCACCAUUAAGCGGAUCGAGAGAAACAAGAAAAAGUUUGUCACGGCUGUCAUUGGUCUGGAGGCGUUCGGUCUGGAUCUGAAAAAGGUUGCCAAGGAUUUCGGAAAGAAGUUUGCAACAGGAUCCUCCGUGACAAAGCUCCCCAGCGGCGGCGAAGAAAUCGUCGUCCAGGGAGACGUAAGCGACGAGCUGGAAGAAUUCAUUCUGGAAAAGUACAAGGAUGUACCAGAGGACAACAUCGAGUUUGUUGAUGACAAGAAGAAGAAAUGAUAUUCCUUAUGAGCAAUUAAUCGAAACAAAACGCCUGAUUCCCGUUGUUUCUUAGUCCAACAAUGCCUAGUGUUGUUACAUGCCCAGACUCCGUGUAUCCCAAGUGCCAAUCAAAA